UCCCACCACGUCUACUCCGUGUGUUUCUCUGCACAGGCCCGGUGCACCCAGGACGCGAUCUUCCCAGAUGUCCUUCACUGCGACGCCGGGACACCACGGACCCUGGGUGCAUCCACAGCGGAGGACGCGAGCCGGGUCCCGGGCGACGACUUCUCCCCCUCCUGCCUUCGACAUCUCCAUCCGGAACCGCUUCGCUCCCCUCCGCGAGACAGGACGCGACGCUGUGAUCAUCGGAGACUCCAUCGUCCGACACGUAAUUGCUACGUUAGCCGAAGGUAAAGUGCACACUCAUUGUUUGCCUGGUGCUCGUGUUCUCGAUGUUUCUGCGCAGAUACCCGCGAUCCUGAAGGCCGACGAGAGCCCCAGAGCGGUCGUGCUUCACGCCGGGGUUAACGACACCACGCUACGGCAGACGGAGACGCUGAAGAGGGACUUCAGCAGCCUGAUCGAGACGGUUCGCAGCACGACGCCCACAGCGACGAUCGUCGUGUCAGGACCACUGCCCACGUAUCGACGAGGACAAGAAAGGUUCAGUAGACUUUUUGCUUUAAAUGAAUGGUUGUUGUCAUGGUGUAAAGAACAGAAACUGCUAUUUGUUAAUAACUGGAAUCUUUUCUGGGAGCGUCCUAGGCUGUUUCGCGCUGAUGGAUUACACCCAAGCCAGAAUCGGAGCGGAGCUGCUCUCUGACAACAUCUCCAGGACACUUCACUCCAUGUGACUAGUAAGACAAUUCUCUAAUAACUAUUAUGAUGAGUUUUGUUCCACCCGCUUAAAUGAUAAAAGUACUU